AUGCCAGUUUGGUGCCAUAUGUUUGUACAGACCCUAACGGAAGGAGCUAGGCUUUGGUUUGACAGCCUUUCCCCCGGAGGGAUUGACAGCUAUGAAGAGUUAAGUGAAAAGUUUCUGAGAAACUUUGGCCAGCAAAGGAAAGUAGUCAAGAACCCAAACGAGAUCUUGCACAUAAGGCAGAGUGACAAUGAGCGAAUAGAUCAAUACAUGCAGAGGUUCGUCAAAGAAAGCAUGAACAUCAAGGACGUCCCGGAGGUCAUGAAGAUCAGCAGUUUCAUUAACGGGUUAAAACAUGCACAACUAUGCGAAAAGCUGGGGGAAGAGUUCCCACACUCGUUUGACAACCUCAUGGAUAGAGUCAGAGCCUUUGUCAGGGGCAAAGACAUAGUUAGCAAAGCCAAAGAGAUGGACACCCCACCCCGAAGGCUCACCCCGACUGCAAAACCUCCCGAAAAAGGUACACCUUACUCAAGAAAACCCGCUUUUAAUAGAAUGUUGCAUGAUAGAACAAGGCUCUCAUACUCCCCAUAUAGGCCUCGGGGGAGAGGCCCAUCCCCCUACUCUGACGGCUUCACCCCUCUCACCAAAACCCCAAAUGAAAUACUAGCCACUGAGAGGGUGAAGAGCUCCUUCCCAAGACCACCACCCAUAAAACCCGGGCCAAAAGCACAACCCAACGAGUACUGUGACUUUCACAAAGGAUUUGGUCAUAAAACUGAUGAUUGCAUGUAUCUAAAGAGGGAAAAUAGAGGCCGCGGUGAAAACGGGUAA